AUGGCGGACCGGCGGCGGCAGCGCGCUUCGCAGGACACCGAGGACGAAGAAUCUGGUGCCUCCGGCUCAGACAGUGGCGGUUCCCCGGCGCGGGGCGGCGGGAGCUGCAGCGGUAGCGCUGGAGGCGGCGGCAGCGGCUCUCUGCCUUCCCAGCGCGGAGGCCGAACUGGGGCCCUUCAUCUGCGGCGGGUGGAGAGCGGGGGCGCUAAGAGCCCUGAGGAGUCGGAGUGUGAAAGUGAAGAUGGCAUCGAGGGCGAUGCUGUUCUCUCGGAUUAUGAAAGUGCAGAAGACUCAGAAGGUGAUGAUGGCGAGUACAGUGAAGAGGAAAACUCCAAAGUGGAGCUGAAAUCAGAAGCCAAUGAUGCUGCUAAUUCUUCAGCAAAAGAUGAGAAGGGAGAGGAGAAACCUGACACCAAAGGUGCUGUGACUGGAGAGAGGCAGAGCGGGGAUGGACAGGAAAGCACAGAGCCUGUGGAGAACAAAGUCGGUAAAAAGGGCCCUAAGCAUUUGGAUGAUGAUGAAGAUCGGAAGAACCCAGCAUACAUACCCCGGAAAGGGCUCUUUUUUGAGCAUGAUCUUCGAGGGCAGACUCAGGAGGAAGAAGUCAGACCCAAGGGACGUCAGCGAAAGCUGUGGAAGGAUGAGGGUCGCUGGGAGCAUGACAAGUUUCGGGAAGAUGAACAGGCUCCAAAGUCCCGACAGGAGCUCAUUGCUCUUUAUGGCUAUGACAUCCGCUCAGCUCACAAUCCUGAUGAUAUCAAACCCCGAAGAAUCCGGAAACCUAGGUUUGGGAGUCCUCCGCAAAGAGAUCCAAAGUGGAUUGGUGAGCGGCCAAGUAAGUCUCAUCGCCACCAGGGUCUUGGGGGCACCCUACCGCCCAGGACAUUUAUCAACAGGAAUGCUGCAGGUACUGGCCGCAUGUCAGCUCCCAGGAAUUACUCUCGAUCUGGAGGCUUCAAGGAGGGUCGUACUGGUUUUCGGCCCGUGGAAGCUGGUGGACAGCAUGCUGGCCGAUCUGGUGAGACUGUUAAACAUGAGACUAGUUACCGGUCUCGGCACUUGGAGCAGACUCCUGUAAGGGAUCCAUCUCCAGAAGCAGAUGUUCAAGUGCUUGGCAGUCCUGAGAAGGAAGAGGUAGCCCCCGAGAUACCAAAUCCUGCUCCUGAUACUGCACCACCAGCUCCUGACAGGCCUGUUGAAAAGAAAUCCUAUUCCCGGGCAAGAAGAACCAGAAUCAAAGCUGGAGAUGCAGGCAAGGUUGCAGAGGAGGCACCCCCUCCACCCGAAGGGCUGACCCCAGCACCUCCAAUCCCAGAAGCUACAUCUCCUACGCCUGCUAAGACUGGAAACUGGGAGGCUCCAGUGGAUUCUACUACAGGGGGUCUUGAACAAGAUGUGGCACAACUAAAUAUAACAGAACAGAAUUGGAGUCCAGGGCAGCCUUCCUUCCUGCAAUCACGGGAGCUUCGGGGUAUGCCCAACCACAUGCACAUAGGAGCAGGACCUCCACCUCAGUUCAACCGGAUGGAAGAAAUGGGUGUCCAGGGUGGGCGAGCCAAACGCUAUUCAUCACAACGGCAAAGACCUGUGCCGGAGCCCCCUGCCCCUCCUGUGCAUAUCAGUAUCAUGGAGGGACAUUACUAUGAUCCACUGCAGUUCCAGGGACCAAUCUAUACCCAUGGUGACAGCCCUGCCCCACUGCCUCCUCAGGGCAUGAUUGUACAGCCAGAAAUGCACCUUCCCCAUCCAGGUUUACAUCCCCACCAGACACCAGCGCCUCUGCCCAAUCCAGGCCUCUAUCCCCCACCAGUAUCCAUGUCUCCAGGGCAGCCCCCACCUCAGCAGUUGCUUGCUCCUACUUACUUUUCUGCUCCAGGCGUCAUGAACUUUGGUAAUCCCAGUUACCCUUAUGCUCCAGGGGCAUUGCCUCCCCCACCACCUCCUCAUCUGUAUCCUAACACACAGGCCCCAUCGCAGGUAUAUGGAGGAGUGACCUACUAUAACCCCGCCCAGCAGCAGGUGCAGCCAAAGCCCUCCCCACCCCGGAGGACUCCCCAGCCAGUCACCAUCAAGCCCCCACCGCCUGAGGUUGUAAGCAGGGGUUCCAGCUAA